AAAAGGAAAGUACCCUGCACAAUUAAGAGCAUUUGCGCUUGAAUUUUUAUAGUCCGAAAGCGUACGCGUAUGUACGAAGAAAUUUAAAAUUUAAAAUAUUUUACCAUUUAAAAAUAAUUUACCAUCACCCUCAACAAUGCGUGCGUGGUACAGUCAUACCGAUGGGCGACCGGGAUUGGCUAAAGAGGCUUUAGAAGCUUUGAAAACAAAAAGUAAAGCGGCAAAUGGGAAACAAUUGUAUGCUUGUCUCAUGAUGGAUAAGAUAUAUGUAUAUACGAAAGCAAUUAGAUUUGGUUCAAAAGGAAAACCGUUAUAUUGGUCAUAUAGAUUUUGGAGCAGUUAUUUCUGAACCAUAAAAAUUUACCUAUGGCAAAGGAAGCUUUAGUUUAUUUAUUAAAUGGCAUAAAUGAAAAAUGGAAAAUUCCAAUCGCUUAUUUUUUAACCAACGGUUUGACAACAUUAGAAAAAGCAACCAUUACCAAACGUGUUCUUCAAUUUAUAACACAAUCAGGUGUACAAGUUAUUGCAUUUACAUUUAAUGGACAUCCACCAAAUAUAACUUUGUGUAAAAAAUUAUCAAGCGAUAGUCCUACUGAUUUUACUCUACGAUGAAAUUUCAACUGAAUUUCAACAUCCCUCAGAAAAUCGUAAAGUACGUAUUUUUUUAGAUGCCGCUCAUAUGAUAAAUCUAAUACGAAAUUGUUUAAGUUAAGUGCUAAAAAGGUACUAUAUGAUGGAAACGGUAAUGAAAUUAAGUGGGAAUACAUAGAAAAAUUAAUACGGUUACAAGAAAAAGGUCAUUUUCAUUUAGCUAAUAAAUUAACCAGAAAACAUAUUGAGUUUCAACAAAACAAGAUGAAAGUCAAACUUGCCGCACAAACAUUUAGCAAUAGUGUUGCUAUUGCGUUAGAGCAACUUUUACAUGACGAACAUAAAGAUUUUUUAGGAUGUGCUCCAACCAUUGCUUUUAUAAAAAUUGUUAACGAUACUUUCGAUUACUUAAAUUGUAGAACUUUAUAUACACAUGGAUGCAAAAGAGCAUUAAUGCCAGAUACAGCACACGACAUUUUUCAAUUCUUUUCUAAAUCUAUCACAUAUUUAUCUGAACUUACACUUAAUGGCAAACGUAUUAUACAUACGAAAUCGAAGACUGGAUUUUUAGGCUUUAUCAUAAAUAUGCAAAAUUUAUAGAAAGUAUAUACAGCGUAUGUUGCUACUAAUAAAUUGAAUUAUAUUCUACCAUACAAGUUCUCACAGGAUCAUUUGGAAUUAUUUUUCUCAUGCAUUAGAUCUAUGGGCGGAUUUAAUAACAAUCCAACGGCCGAUCAAUUUUCAGCAGCAUAUAAAAAAUUAUUGCAUCAUAACGAAGUAAAAUCAUUUGCCGAAGCAAACUGUUUGGAAUUGGAAAGAGUUAAUAUGUUAACUGUAUCUUCAAGACGCAAAAAUAAAGAAAAAGAUGAUAAAGAAGAUGAAAGACCUUUAAAUAUUAAUGAUAUUAAUAUAGAUGAUGACAUUCCGUUAAACUAUGUUAAUUCAACAGCUGAUCAUGUCAUAAAAUAUAUAGCCGGAUUUGUCAAAAGAAGUGUAUAUAAAAAAUUGAAGUGUGAAGAAUGCAUAAGCAUUUUUUCACAAUUACCAAGAGAAGAAGCAUCUUUUAUUUCACGCAAAUCGAAAGGAUUUUUAAUACACCCUAAUCAAGACACAUAUAAAAUAAUAUGCACAGCAGAGAAAGUUUUUAAUUUUAAUAGACUAAACAAUACAUUACAUAAAAAACAUAUUUUGACCCGCUUAAUUUUGCAAACUAUUAGAAAUCUUGAUACAUCUAAUAUUUUUCUUCAAUUUGAAGAACAUACGAAAGCAUGCGAAAUUAUGGAAAAUCAUACUUAUUUUUUAAUCAAAUUAAUCAUUGAGAUAUUUUUAAUAGUUAAACUUCAUUAUUAUAGUAAAACGUUUAAUCUAAACUUACAUUCAUCGUUUGUAAGAUAUACACUAACAAAAACUGUUCAUUUCAAAGGUCAAUAAAACAAUAUACAUAUAAUUACACUGUCCAAAAUUUAAUUUUUUUUUGCAACUAAAUGUAAAUAGUCAUUUCUAACGUAUUUUUACUUGUUGACCAACCGUUAUCAAAAUUUGAUUAUUGUCACAAUUUUUACUGAUAUAAUGUUAAAGAGCUAAAAAUAAAUAAAUCCGCAAAAUCAUUGUUUUUCUUAAAAUUAUGACGUGAUAGCUAAAUUUUUACAGUGGAUUCGUGUUCAGCAGGCAAAAAUAAUUAUCGGAAAUAUAAUUAUUCAUACUCGUAUUACAAAAUACUGUUGGAUAGCGUCAUUUGAACUUCGCGCGUUUUUGGGUACUGGGAUGUUGGAACAUGUUGGCUCACAGUCGUGCUAUAGUUUAUGCAGACCAUUAGCAGUCCAUAUUUAUAUAGUCUAAGAUUACACACAUAUGAAUGCUACAGUUCAAAUUUUCCACAUGUUUUAAUGGAAGUGUAGUACAAUAAGGUGCAUUAAUAGGUUUGUUCGUGUUGCAUGCACUUUUUGUACUUUUACACUAAGUGUACACUAACUGGUUUCUGUUGCCGGACAUGAUGUCAUAACCGCUGUUCGUUUUACCAGUGCAGUUACAAUUCUGGCAAUAAUUUUUGUACUUGGUCUUGAGGAAGAGUAAAACGUGCAAAGAUGGCUGAAGACUAGUAAGGAGGGAAAAUAUAAAUAAAAAAAAUUACAUAUUUGUAGGGACAAAUCAAAAUACAAUGAGUACAUCAGUAUUACGUGGCUUUUUACAGCUGGAUUCUUUAGGAAACAUUAAAAUAGAUUCAAAUGGAUGUGUGAAUUGCAUAAUUGAAGAUGGAAGACAGUUAAAAUUUCUAAAAAAGGAAAUAAAUUUUUCUUCUGAUACUAUAAAUUUUAUUUUUGAUGGAACUCAAAUUUGCAUAGACCUUCCUAAAACAAGAAAAGAAACAUAUAACAAUGAACAACAAAAUCAAAAUAAUGAAUAUGUUCAAAAUCAUCAAAAUGAUGAAGAUAAUGAAAUUAACCAAAAUGAUGAAAUUGAUCAAAAUGAUUUAAAUGGAACUGCUACAACUUCAUCAUUCUUUUGGAAUGAUGCAUCAACAAAAUUGUUGUUAAACAUUUACAAGGACAUGAAAGAUCUUGUAUCUACAAGGAAAAUAAAAACUUAUAAAAUAUUAUGGAAACAUAUUGCACAAAAAAUGAAUCUUAAUGAUUACCUUGUUACUUCGUUAGAAGUGGAAAAUAAAAUAAAAUCGUUGGAACGUUCCUACAAAAAUAUGAUAAGCAAUAAUAAAAUGACAGGCAGAGCACGAAAAACUUGUAAAUAUGAAGCGGAGUUAACAGAUUUAUUAGGAGAAAAACACAGUAUUCAGCCACUUGCCAUAUCAGGAAGAAAUGGUUUAAUACUUAAAGAACAAUUGCAUUUCAUUAAGGAAAAUAAUACCGCAAUGAACAACGCAAUUGAUAAUGAAGACUUUGAAAAUAAUCCCGGUGUAUCAAAUAAUCUUGAGUCUGCUGAAAAUGUACAAACUGUACGAACAGAAGAAUUACAAACACAUCAAACUAGAAUACGACAAAAUACUACCAGUUCAUAUAUAAAUAAAUGUCAAACAGUUUUAGAUACAUACAUUUCUGAAAGGAGUAAUGAAAAACAACGCAAUGAAAAUAUACAAAUACAGAUUCUACAAGAAUUUAAAAAUAUUGCAAAAACUUAAGAAGAUUUUGUUAACUCCGCAAAAAUACAAUGGGCCAUAUCAAAUGCUAAAAAAGAUGAAAAUAUUAAAGUUCUUAAAGAAAUUGCAAAAAAUAUUGAACAAAUUGUUACAUUUCCGUUCAGAACAACUGUUUAAUUUUUAUUAGUAGUAUAUGUACAAUAAUAUUUAUCCAUUAACGUAUCCAUAACACUUUGAAAGAAGUUAAAAUGCUAUUCCCAUAUUUCUAUAUAUUUUUGGUUUUUUGUAUAUUUUAUUAAGUACAUUAUUUGCCACAGUUUAAUAUAAAGUCUGAGUUAAUGGCUGCGUUUAGCAGAAAAAGCUGCUUUGUAACUGUUGAAAAUUCUUUAAUCUGAUUAAUUUGCGCACUUAGAUCCGGCAGGAACCAAGAGCAAAAACUAAUAGUAUUAAAUAAUUUUAUAACAGUUGCAAAGCUGCUUUUUCUGCUGAAAGCAGUCAAUAUGUAUAUUAUUUAAG